AAGCGCUGUCAAAAGUUUUUAUUGCUGUGACCACACACUUUUUUGACUAAAUGCGGUUGGAUAGAAGUUUAAUAUUAAUGUUUGAAGAUAGGUGAUACAACCAUUUCGCGAACUUGGUUGGUCACAGUAUAAUAUGCAGUACUGAAACGGUGGUUAGAACGAUCGCGUAAUAGCAAAAAAAUAAUCGAACCAAGUCGCCCGUUGUCGUUAGUAUCAAUAUGGCGAUACAUUUGAAUUUGAAAAAAGAGCUUUUGUCAAACGAAACAGAGUCCGUUUUACACCUGAUGCCGUGUGACAUACACGGCGAUGAAGCUGCUCAUGUAUCGUCUUAUUUUACACCAUAUAUUCGAAAAUUGGAUGAUGAACAUUUGACCACUUCUUUCCGGGGAUAUCCUCUUCAGGGAAAAACUAUUAUUUUGCCCAAAGGCUACAUGGGAUUUAUAUUGCAUGAAUCCAAAAUCUUAGAGUCAGAAGUCCGUGAGCGUAAUUUAUUUGCAACUGGUAAAUUUUCACAAUUUACCUAUUGGAAUUAUGACAAAUUACCUUCGAAAAACGAUGCUGUCAUCACUGCUUUAGAAUGGAUCGACAUUGCUGAGGCUCUCCACUCAAAUGAAGAUAUUAAGACCGAUUGAUGUAAGAAGCACUGACUCAGGAAUUUCAAUCUUUGAAAAAAAUCUAUUUUUGUACCUGUACUUAUUAUGAUAUAGUUCUGUUUGAAUUUUCAAAACUCAGGUAAGGAUUGUUCAUCAGUUUUCAUGACAUCUAACUCAGGGAUUUGAAUUUGUAAUGCGUGACAAUAAAUGUACAUACAUAUAUACUGA